AUGGGCGAACUGCUGAACGUUCUCAUCACGCGUGCUGACCUUCGAAGUCCGCCAGUCGACAUCAUCGAGACCUCAACGAAUGAGGUCACCGAGUGCACAGUUCGAAUACCCCAACGAAUCUCCGACCCAUGUUUCGAUGACGAAUGUCGAGUCUCGAAGCGGGGGAUUCGACUGCUCCAGCGGGCUGUCAACCGGGCGAACAGAUGCGGCAAUCCUGCUGCUGCCGCUGAUAUGGCUUUCACCUGGCGAGAUGCGCGGCGCAAUUAUGUCGACCUUCUUCGUUAUAAAAGAGAGUCAUUUUUGUGCCAGAGAGUUGGCGCGCAACGCAGCGAUCCUCGAGCGUUGUUGCGUUCGCUGGAUAAACUCAUGGGAAGAGGUCACACAGAGGCUUUGGGUGACGUAAGCGUGAUGGAAUUCGAAGCGGUUAAAUUUCUGCUGUGCGAGCAACGUCGGCCGAUGCUCCGCCGGCAGCAUUUGCCCGUGCCCGUUCGACUGCGUGCUCCAAUGUCCUCACAUCGGCUAACAUUUGGCCCCUGCAACGUGCAAACUCCCAUCGCUGUCAGCAUCUCUGUCGGCAUCUCUGUCAGCAUCUCUGUCGGCAUCUCGGUCGGCAUCUCUGUCAGCGUAUUAUUGCCGGGUCUAUCCGCAUCUCUUGAACAUCUCCACAUGGAGAUCUCCAGAGAUCUCUACAUCUCCACGGGUGAACAUCUCUACGUGCCCACACACCACGUGUUACGGGUAAUGUCUUCUCGUGAUUCGGCAUCGCUCAAUCAUCUCUGUCUGUGCAACGACUCCACGACGUCUCACUACGCAACCACAUGCAUCACCUCGACCUUCACCCCUGGCCUGGCCUUCCGGUUCCUCCUGGAUCGUCACAUUGAGCCGGUCACUGGCCCCUGCAACGCAACCUGCACCCUGCAGCCUGUAACCUACAACCUGCAACCUGCAGCCUAUUCCUUGCAGCAGAUGCCGCAGCUGCAGCAGAUAAUAAAACAGCUGCAGCAGAUAAUACAACAACAGCAGCAACAACAGCAACAGCUGCAGCAGCAACAACAACAGCUGGAUCAGAUACAACAGCUGCAACAACAAAAGCAGCAGCAGGCACAACAGCAGACACAACAACAACAACAACAACAACAACAGAUUCAACAGAUAGAACAACAGCUGAAACAACAUUGGGAGCUGCGUCAGUUACAACAGCAACAAGAACAACAGGAGCUGCAGCAACAACAGAUUAAGCAGCUAAAACAAGAGCUGCAACAACAGGAACUGCAGCAGUUACAACAGACGCAGCAACAACAGAUUCAACAGAUAGAACAACAGCUGAAACAACAUUGGAAACAGCACGAGAUACAACUGAUAGUGCAAGAGAUAAAACAAGAGUGGAAGCUGCUGGAGUUAGAAGGACAACUGAAGCUGCAGCAACAACAGAUUAGGCAGCUAAAACAAGAGCUGCAACAACAGGAGUGGAGGCAGUUACAACAACUAGAGCAAGUAAAACGGGAAUUAGCAGACCGUCAUGACCAGCCGGAUCCCUCGCCCCAGUCCAUGAUCGGUUCUGUGAACUCCGCCGCUGUGGGGCCACACUCAGGAGAGCCUUUCCCUGCGUCUUCAGGCCUCACAACAUUGAACAAUCCUGGCAUAUCACAACAACAACAACAACAAUGUGUGAGACCCACGGGUUCUGACGUGGUGAAGCCCAUGAACGCUGGGGGUGCUCCCAUUGGUCUUCUUGGUGGUGCGGCGGGGCCCAUCAUGGUGCCAAGCAGCCCUCUGCAGCAGCAGAAGGUCUACAACAGCUCCUCCAUCACCGUAACGUUACCAGCCAAUCUCUCCUCAUCACUACAAUGUAAUACGAACCUUUCUCUGAAUCUGGCAUCUUCAGUUCACUCUUCUCUUGGUAAUAUUCCAUCGUGUUCUUUGAUGGGUCCAUCUUGCACGUCCAUCUUCCCUGGAGGCGCAUGCACCAUGGCUCCCACUGUAAACAACUCCUUCAGGCAGCAGCUCGCGCCUCCACCUUACACUUCAACUGCCAUGAAUGUCCCCAACAUCCCUAUUUCUGCUUCUCUAAAAGUUGCAUUGUGCAGCGGAGGUGACAUCUCAAACACUUCGCUGUCACACAUCUCUCAAGCUCCUAAUAUAGUCGCUUCGUCCAGCCCUGCUUUUACCGACAGCAACAACUUGAGCCUACAGUCUUCCUCGCCAUGUACCUCCACAAUGACAAGCUCUUCUUCUGUCCUUGCUACCACUAGUGGAUCAGCUACUCUUCCUAAUGAAAAAACUGAAGUCAUGAACUUCAUCAAGCAAGAACCUAUGGAUAUGGACGCCAGGAAGGAGCCCUCGUCUCCUGAGGGCGCUGAUGUCGAAGUAAAGAUGGAGAUCAAGACCAGAGUUAAAGAUGAGCCGACUUCACCUGAGAGCGACUUCAAUUCAAAAAAUGUUGAUGGUCUCUGAUGCUCCAUACAUCUAAUGCAAGUGUGCGCUGGUUCGUGAAAGAAGCGAUAGUAACUUAGCAUCACAAGAUGUUUGUUUGGAAACCCAUGAAUGAAUCAAAAUCCGUUCCUAGCAGCAUAGCUUGAUACAGUGUGUGUGUUUCCAGACAUGUGUAGGUUUUUUUUAUCAUUCGAAUGAAAUAAAUUUUAGGUACAUGUACACAUCCAUCAUGCAUAGUGUCCAGUGCCCAAUUGCGCCCGUGCAACUGUUCUUGCUGUCCUGUUCGAUCCUGGGGCAUUUGAUCUUGGGCUGAUUUGAUGUCAGACGGUUUACUGUGUGCUGCUAUGAUGCCGGUUGGUUUAAUCGUGGGCUGAUUUGAUACCAGGUGCUUUGAUCGUGAGCUGGUUUCAAGCCGGGCGGUUUAAUGCCAGGCGCUUAGAUCGUGGGCCAGGCGUUCUGAUUCGGUGGAUGGAUGCUGGCGACUUUCUUGUGUGUUGAACUGAUGCUCUCAGCAGGUGCUUUCGAUUUUAUGUCUAUUUGUCUUGCAUUUUACUCACACUUCUAAAUUUGAAUAGCUAAGAUUUUUCCUCCUUCAGAAAUUAAUGUUGAAAUGUAGAUGAGCAAAAAAUUUGUUUGUAGUUUGGGAUAAUAAUUGGUGUGUACAUCAUAAUAACUUAUAGUUUUAUGUUACCUGCAAAUUCAGUGAGGCUGUGAUUUCUUAGUUAAGGAUGUAUAUUUGCUAGAGUUAUGCAUAUAUCUUCUGACGAGUUAAAUGUAAUGCUCUCACACACGGUUUGGGCCUAAUGCCAAACAACCGCAACCGUCUGUGCUUGUCAGAAGUCCUAUGGGACUUCGUGUUCUUAGGGAUGCAUUGUUCUUGAGCGCCCCACCGCUGAGCUCGCGGUGUCAGACUGCGGGUCCCAGUUGUGGGGGUUAAGUUUUUAUGUAGGUAGGAUUCCUUACAUUCAUUAAGUUAUUAUGUAGGCAG